CAGUUAUGCCGCUAAAACCCUAGUGUACCACUCCACGAAUGGUCGCCGCCCCCCCUCCGCGCACCACCAUGCUGCUCCGCCGCCUCCUCCACCCCUCCCACCACCUCCGGCGCGGCCUCCAGACCCUGACCACGACCACCAACGCCGCCGCCGCCGCGCCCUCGGCCCCGCAUCCUCUCUCCGCCCCUCUCCCAUUUCGCCGCCUCCCCGCCCGCCUCCUCUCGCCGCGGCUCCUCUCCACCUCCGGCGGCGACAACGACACCAGAAGACCGUGGGCCUUCACGCAGGACUCCGGAGAUCCAGACCCCUUCGCCGAUGUGGACCCCGCCGCCGCCGUCCCCGGCGAAGCGCCGCUAGGGUCGAGCGCCGUCGUCGAGGACCCGUGGUCGAAGGACUUCCGCGCGGAGGACAGCGACAAGGCCGACGUGUUCGAGGAGAUCUACAAGGAUGCGGCCGCGGCAGCGCCUACCGCGAGGAAGGCGGCCCCGGCCGAGCCGUGGGCGUGGGAUUUGGAGGGUGAGAAAGACGAUCCGUUCGCCGCGAGAAAGGAUGCGGCCGCGGCAGCGCGGCCUACCGCGAGAAAGGCGGCCCCGGCCGAGCCGUGGACGUGGGAUAUGGAGGAUGAGAAAGACGAUCCCUUCGCCGCGGCUGUGCUUGAUGUGGGGGUCGAGGGGAUCGCGGAUGAGGGUGCCCAGAUCGAGGAGCUCGUUGAUGGGAAAGAAGAAGAAGAAGAUGCGGAGCGUCAGCGGCAGGAGGACAAGGCGAGGGAGCAGCAGCUGAUGGAGACUCUCAAAGGUCCUGAUCGUGCAUUUGGGGAUCUCAUUUCUGCCUCUGGGAUUACGGAGGAGAUGAUUGACAGUUUGAUCCUCUUGAAGGAUGCCAGGGGAAUACCAGGAUUGCCUCCUCUAAGUGAAAUACAAGAUAAAGCUAUCCAGAAAAUGAAUGCAACAUCAAGCAGGGCAGAAGUAGAACGCCAAAUGCAAGAGGAAAUUGCCAAGGCACGUGUGAGACAAGUUGAUGAGAAAGGAAGGGCUUAUGGUACAGGUAAAAGGAAGUGCAGCAUUGCCCGUGUUUGGAUUCAGCCUGGUGAUGGCAAGUUUGUUGUCAAUGACAAGCAAUUUGAUGCUUACUUCCCAAUUCUGGACCAUCGAGCUGAUCUUCUUCGGCCAUUUACUGUGACCAAGACGUUGGGGCUUUGGGACGUAGCUUGUACUGUGAAAGGUGGUGGUGUCUCAGGUCAAGUUGGAGCUGUGCGCCUAGGAAUCAGCAGAGCCUUGCAGAACUGGGAACCAGGACUACGCCCAUAUCUCAAAGCAGCUGGAUACUUGACCAGAGAUUCGCGUGUGGUCGAAAGGAAGAAGCCUGGAAAGGCAAAGGCAAGGAAGAGCUUCCAAUGGGUCAAGCGUUAACAGGCAGGUCUGCCACUUUUUUUUGCACCUUGUCAAUCAGAGACGGUGUCUGUCUCUGUUCUCGUAAUCGUAAUGCUUCAGGUCUACGUGCAAAAUUACCGUGCCUCUGGUGGCAGGUCCUCUGCUCUUUGUUGUGGAUUUUCUAGUGAGCAGAGAUCUGCAUUCGCAUUGGAUGUGCUGUCACUUCGACGGAAGGCCCUUCCAAGCUUUGUACUCGGAUAU